UCAACCUCAAAAGAUAAUGCAUUUCGCUAAUUUCAACUGUUCUCUCGUAAAUCCAGUUGUUUCUUUUAGCAGUCUCUUGCAUUGUCGUAAUGAGGUUCACUAAUUAUCAUUUGUUUCCUUCUAAAGAGGUUAUUUACUCCCUCCGUUUUUACUUACUUCGCAUAUUAUAGAUUUGUCUAAAGUCAAACUUUAUAUACUUUCAACAAGUUUGUAGAAAAAUAUAUUAACAUCUACACCACCAAAUCAAUACCCUUAGAUUCAUCAUUGCAUAUAUUUUCACAUCAUAUAAAUUUGUUAAUAUAAAUGUUCAUAUUCUUUUCUACAAACUUGGUCGAAUUUAUAAAGUUUGACUUCAGUCAAAUCUAAUAUGCGGAGUAAAUAAAAACGGAGGGAGUACAUUAUAGGUGCUAUCAUUAGGUUUCAUUGGCACAUAAGUUUGACAGGUGCACAAGUUUGAAGUAUGUUAGGAUAAAUUAAUUUAUAAAUCAUUUUCAGUGAUUGUGUUUAUUUCACAAUUAAGUUUACUUUUGUUUGUUCACAAAAAAGAGUUACUUUAGUUAUAAAAAUCGAACCAAUUAAUAUAUUAAUAUGUUACUGAGUGUACAUAGGCAUAUAGUCCCUACAAUAACGGUUUAAUAGCAAAAGUAAUUAACAUAUUUUAUAUAUGUUUGUCUAACGUAGAAAAGGCUUUUUUUUACGAGAAUAAUGUAGGGAAGUUUGACCUAGCAAAGCUAGAUUUAAAUUAAUCUGGAAACGACGUACUCCCUCCGUAACCUAAUAUAAGAACGUUUAGAAUACUAAAGUAGUGAUCUAAACGCUCUUAUAUUAGUUUACAGAGGGAGUAGAAGAGAUCAUUGGACUUUCAAUAGUAAAAAUACCCAGUAUUGAUUGCUUAGGGGUAUCACCCGGGCCGAUGCUCCCAUAAAGCAACCAUAGAAAGCUGCUUGACGACGACAGAAAGAGAUGGACGCCUCCAGGAUCUUUCCAACCCCAGAGGAAGAUGACACUACCCUGGGCCCCUUUUAUGUGCUGAGCGGCAACAUUUCCUAUACGGUUCAUGGCUGCUGAUUGCACCAGUGUUUUUCUCAAGUGUUCAACAUUCCAAGAUAGUUCCUUCCCGUCAAUUUCGCUUCAUUGUCACGUUCAUCAUGGAGAGUGGUUUUUCAAUUCCCGGUUGCCUACACCCUCAAAUGAACAGUAAAUUCCAAAAAAAGAAACUGAAACUUUGCGACAUCAAAUAUGAUCAAACUUUAUAGAUGCUUGCAAGAUUUCAUGCCUAAAAAACAUUCGAGGAGCUCUACUAAAGAAAAAGAUCUCAGUGCUCAAAGUGUUGAGCACUUACAAUCACUGAUUUUUGUUUCUCAUGUGUACACCUAUCUCUACAUGAUAUUUCUUGAUUAAAAUUUGCAAUCACCUAAAACGUUUGAGCAUAUUUGAUGUCGCAAUGUUUCAUAUUUUUCUGUUCAUGCGGAGUGUAGGGACACCCAAGAGCUAUCACACCUUUCUCUUCAUCAUGUGUGGAUGUCUGCACCAGGCGGCACCUUUCUCUUCAUCAUGUGUGGAUGUCUGCAUCAGGCGGCACCUUUCUCUUCAUCUAUGUGUGGAUGUCUGCAUCGAGCAGGCACGAGACUUCUGGCUAGAUUUCCUGGCCACGCCCAUCUUUGGUAAUGCCUAAUCGCCUCUGGUAAUGAUUUAUUAGGUGUCCUAACCUCUAUAAUCACUUGCAUUAAGCCCUAUUAUUUGUGUCUAACACGCCCGUGGCUGCCGUAUUAUCACAUACCGGCCACACUUGCACCAAUGCUUUUCUGCAGUGUGACAUCAGGGGCCACGAUCGCCAUUCUGCCGCAUGUAUAAAUCCUGUGCGGGCGCGUGAUUUCUUUCCCAAGGCUGAGCAGACACGCGCGACCACGCUAUAGGGUGAUCGAUCUACACGACCUGACGAUGGGAGUGGUGAUGGCGGCGCUCUGGGACAUCCUGGCGAAGGCCGCCAAUGUGGCGCAGAUGUCCGGCCUGCACGCCGCCAUGCUGGUCGCCGUGGGCAUGAGCCUCUUGCGCAUCCCGCAGAGCACGCGGGAGUGCGCCAAGCUCGAGCGGUGCAGCCGCAGGCUCCACGCGCUGCUGCAGUGGCCGACGGGCUGCGGGGCCGCGGUGCUGUGCUCGGAGAUGGGAGGCCCCGUUCUAAAGUCGCUGGUCGACGCGGCCGGACUCGUCGCCUCCUACAAGAAGAGCACGCUCUGGCACCGCGUCCGGAGGGGCAAGGGCAUGGCCGCCCAGCUCCGGGACAUGCAGGACGUCGUCGACUCCUACUGCGGGCUCCUGCUCUACGUCAACGCGCAUCUCCUGCUACAGCCGGCGACUCAUCGUCCCCCGUCAGAUGCUACUACGUACGGGGUUAAGGAGGCGAAUGAGAAUGACCCAUCACAGAGUCGAAGUGUGCUACAAGCAGUAACCAAUAGCCCGGGGAACAGGCAGCCGGACAGACGACACCGGUCUAGCAGGACGUGAAAGAAGCGUGACUGCUUAAUUAGUGAUUUCCCAUGAGUCCAUGACCACAGGAGUAGACUGAUCCCAACAGGCUAAAGUGAAUUCUCAGUGCUUGCUUUUCCAUUUGCUACGACAGUGAAUAAUGCACCGUCUGUAAAUAUGUGUAUGUAAGCUUGGAAGAUUUGUUUUUUUA